UUAUUCAUUGAUUGCUUCUUGUAUGUGCCCUGAUGGAGGAUGAAACUGGCAAGCUUGGUGUAUCAGGACGCCACUCUAACUGAGCUGGGUCCUUUAAAAGUUCUCGCCCAGGGCGAGAUCAUAUAUUUUUAUAAUAUUUAUUUUCUACUUCCCUCCUUACCUAUAGAAGUAUGAUGCUUUUACUUGCAAAAGUCACUCAGGAAAGGCUGUUAAUACAGUGCUGUAGGUAGUUCCUGUUUUCUUUUUUUUCCCUCUGGCCUUCCUCCUCUAUUCCUUGUUUUAAACUUUUCUUUUUAUUUAUUUAUUUAUUUAUCUUGGCUUUCUGAAAAUAACCAGAAUUCAAAAACCAAAACACAAGCAACACAAUCAAAAAGCCAGACAGACCGGGUCCUUCUUAGAGGUACAUCCCUGUAUGUAAAUACAGAUGCUUUUCAUCUCAAGGGCAGCGAUGGCUUAGGAUUCGCCUUGGAUUCCUCACGAUGCCCACGGCACUGCCUGGUGCCCAGAGACGCAACGCGCUUUUGCGGAAUGGAAUUACCAAACGUUGGCUGGCAGAGCUGGGUGCCAUCCCCGUGCCGAGUGCCCAUCACUCUGGGGCUGGGACGCAGUCAGGAGAGCGGAAAAGGGCUGGGGAUAAGGCGUCUGGGCUGGACCCCAGCUCCUUCCAUCCUGGGAUGAAGCUGCGAGGCCCGUGUCUGCCUGCUGAGCGGGUGGGGGCGCACCCCGCCCCUCCGCGCGGUUCCGGGCCCAAGUUCAGGGCCACCCGCCACCCCGAGCCUUGAGGAACGAUUCAUCCUCCUCCGCUCCCACGAAAGCGGAGGGUGGGGACUAUCCCGGGGUUCUGUCCGCUCCUCCAGGGGGAAGGACAGCCAGCUGAUGUAAGAAUCCGCGCUGGCCGCGCACGCCGUUUGCUUCAGCCCUUGAGUUGCCAUCAACAGCCCUGGUGUGGAUGCCCCCGUCGCCUGGCCUGUGGAGACUCAGUUGCGUUUUAAUGGCGGCAGCAGCUGCUGGGUGAGCAGCCGGAGACUGUGCUACCCUCCCGGCAGGAGGGCAGGAGAGGAGAGGAGAGAGCACACUCCUCCUCGGGCACCGCCGCUGCAUUGGUGGCCGUGCUUUUCCCUCUUAACUCCUCCACUCUUGAAGAGAGAAGAAGAUGCCACUGCCAUUCGGGUUGAAACUCAAACGCACCCGGCGCUACACGGUGUCCAGCAAGAGCUGCCUGGUUGCCCGGAUCCAGCUACUCAAUAAUGAGUUUGUGGAGUUCACGCUGUCUGUGGAGAGCACAGGUCAGGAGAGCCUGGAGGCUGUGGCCCAAAGGCUGGAGCUGCGGGAGAUCACGUACUUCAGCCUCUGGUACUACAACAAGCAGAACCAGCGCCGGUGGGUGGAUUUGGAAAAGCCUCUGAAGAAGCAGCUGGAUAAGUACGCCUUGGAGCCCACCGUCUCCUUCGGAGUGGUGUUCUAUGUGCCUUCCGUGUCCCAGCUGCAGCAGGAGGUCACCAGGUAUCAGUAUUAUCUGCAGCUGAAGAAAGAUAUCUUGGAAGGAAACAUUCCAUGUACAUUAGAACAAGCAAUUCAACUAGCAGGCUUGGCUGUUCAAGCUGAUUUUGGUGACUUUGAUCAGUAUGAAUCCCAGGACUUCCUUCAGAAAUUUGCCUUAUUUCCUGUGGGCUGGCUACAAGAUGAAAAGGUAUUGGAAGAAGCAACCCAAAAAGUGGCCUUACUGCAUCAGAAGUACAGAGGGCUCGCAGCUCCUGAGGCGGAAAUGCUGUACAUGCAGGAGGUGGAGAGGAUGGAAGGCUACGGAGAAGAGAGCUACCCUGCGAAGGAUAGCCAGGGCAGCGACAUUUCCAUCGGAGCCUGUCUGGAGGGCAUCUUUGUGAAACACAAGAACGGAAGGCCUCCUGUGAUAUUUCGGUGGCACGAUAUUGCUAACAUGUCCCACAAUAAGUCGUUCUUUGCCUUAGAGCUGGCGAGUAAAGAGGAGACCAUCCAGUUUCAAACGGAAGACAUGGAAACAGCAAAAUACAUGUGGAGACUCUGUGUGGCGAGGCACAAAUUUUACAGACUAAACCAGUGCAGCCUGCAAACGCCGACCGUCACCGUGAACCUGAUCAGGAGGAGGUCUUCUUCCAGGAUGUCUCUGCCUAAGCCUCAACCCUAUGCGAUGCCCGCCCCACCCCCGCUGCAUUACAAUGGACAUUACACAGAACCCUACACUUCUUCUCAAGAUAACCUCUUUGUGACCAACCAGAAUGGAUACUACUGUCACUCUCAGACCAGCCUGGAUCGAGCCCAGAUCGACCUCAACGGUCGCAUCCGCAAUGGCAGUGUGUACAGCGCGCACAGCACCAGCUCCUUGAACAACCCCCAGCCCUACCCGCAGCCCUCGCCCAUGUCCUCCAACCCCAGCAUCACCGGGAGCGAUGUCAUGAGGCCCGACUACGUCCCGUCUCACCGGCACAGCGCGCUGAUCCCCCCGUCCUACCGCCCGACCCCCGACUACGAGACGGUGAUGAAGCAGCUCAACCGGGGGAUGGCUCACGCGGAGCGGCAGAGCCACUCGCUGAGAAACCUCAACAUCGGCCACUCCUUCGCCUACAGCAGGCCCGACGCGCUGGUCUACAGCCAGCCCGAGAUCCGGGAGCACGCCCACUUCCCCUCUCCCCAGUCGGCCCACUACCCGUUCAGCCUGAACUACAGUUUCCACAGCCAGUCCCCGUACCCCUACCCCGCAGAGCGGCGGCCCGUGGUGGGCGCCGUCAGCGUGCCCGAGCUGACCAACGUGCAGCUCCAGGCCCAGGACUACCCGGCUCCCAACAUCAUGAGGACUCAGGUGUACCGCCCGCCCCCGCCGUACCCGUACCCGUACCCGCGGCCCGCCAACAGCACCCCCGACCUGUCCCGCCACCUCUACAUCAGCAGCAGCAACCCUGACCUCAUCACGCGGCGUGUCCACCACUCGGUCCAGACCUUCCAGGAGGACAGCCUGCCCGUGGCCCACUCCCUGCAGGAGGUCAGCGAGCCCCUCACCGCCGCACGGCACGCUCACCUGCAGAAGAGGAACAGCAUCGAGCUCGCGGGGCUGACGCACAGCUUCGACGGCAUGAGGCUCAAGGACAGGACCAUGUCAGCCUCGGCCGCAGACGUGGCCCUGCGGGCCAGCUCCGCGGGCUCCCAGCCAAAUGUCUUCCCAGACAGGACGAGACGGGGAGAGACGGCCGAGCAGGAAGGCCUGAGAUACGGUCACAGCAAGUCCCUUUCAGAGGCCACCAUGCUGAUACACAGCAGCGACGAGGAGGAGGAGGAGCCGGAGGAGGACAGCAAGGCACGGGCUGUGCUCUCCCCACGGGCACGUGAGCCCCGGGGCAGUUACUCCCAGGAGCCGCAGGCGGGCUGCUCCUGCGCCUUGGCCUCUGCAGGCGCGGGCCCUCUGCACAUCCACGAGCCCAAGGCCCAUGUCACUGAGGCCGAGAGGAGGGGGAGGGAGGGCAGCCCCGUGCAUGUGCCGGCGGAGGCCCAGCGGCCCCGGAGGGACGGGCUGCUGACGCCCUCCAUGUCCGAGUCUGACCUCACCACGUCGGGGAGGUACCGGGCCAGGAGGGAUUCUCUGAAGAAGAGGCCGGUGUCCGACCUCCUCUCGGGCAAGAAGAACAUCGUUGAAGGGCUUCCGCCGUUAGGGGGAAUGAAAAAGAGCCGAGUAGAUGCAAAAAAAAUGGGCCCUCUCAAGCUAGCUGCCCUGAAUGGACUGUCGCUGUCUCGCCUGCCUCUGCCCGACGAGGGGAAGGACGUGUCAGCCAGAGCCACCAAUGAUGAGAGGUGUAAAAUUCUGGAACAGCGGUUGGAACAGGGAAUGGUGUUCACAGAAUAUGAAAGAAUCCUUAAAAAACGGCUGGUCGAUGGGGAGUGCUCAACGGCACGACUCCCGGAAAAUGCCGAAAGAAACCGAUUCCAGGACGUGCUUCCCUAUGACGAUGCCAGAGUGGAGUUGGUCCCAACCAAAGAGAACAACACCGGGUACAUCAACGCAUCCCAUAUUAAGGUAUCUGUCAGUGGGAUGGAAUGGGACUAUAUCGCCACGCAGGGCCCGCUGCAGAACACCUGUCAGGACUUUUGGCAGAUGGUGUGGGAGCAGGGAAUUGCCAUUAUAGCGAUGGUGACAGCGGAAGAGGAGGGCGGAAGGGAGAAGAGCUUUAGGUACUGGCCACGCCUUGGUUCCCGGCACAACACCGUCACCUACGGAAGGUUCAAGAUCACCACCCGGUUCCGCACAGACUCGGGCUGCUACGCCACCACCGGCCUGAAGAUGAAGCACCUGCUCACGGGGCAGGAGAGGACGGUCUGGCACCUGCAGUACACGGACUGGCCGGAGCACGGCUGCCCCGAGGACCUCAAGGGGUUUCUGUCAUACCUUGAGGAGAUCCAGUCUGUCCGACGCCACACAAACAGCACGAGUGAACCCAAAGGCCCCAACCCCCCGCUGCUGGUCCACUGCAGUGCGGGGGUGGGGAGGACCGGCGUCGUCAUCUUGUCCGAGAUCAUGAUCGCCUGCCUGGAGCACAACGAGGUGCUCGACAUCCCACGGGUGCUGGACAAGCUGAGGCAGCAGAGAAUGAUGCUGGUGCAGACCCUGAUCCAGUACACGUUCGUGUACAGAGUUCUCAUCCAGUUCCUGAAAAGCUCCAGGCUCAUAUAAGCUCCCGCGGCUGCCGAAGGGGACCCGCCCAUGUGAAGCGUUUACAGUCAGAACAGGGCCCGCCUGACUCACAUUCACCCCUCGACACUCGUCUGCGCAGAAGGCUCACUGGGAAGUAAGGGCGGUGUGGAUGCCGGCACUGAGGGAGCGUGAAGGCUGCAGGGGACUUCACCUGGGACGAUGCUAGAGAUGGAGGACUUGGUGUCCAGGGAGUGGCCCUGCCCGGUCUGUCCGAUUUGCAGCACUUGCACACAUUUUUGGAGACUGUGUUUUCUAGACAAUUCUGUAUUUUACUGAAGCUAUGCUGGGCAACUCUGGCAAUCAUUAACAGGCAUAGAUUUUUAUCUUAAACAAGUUUUUGCUAAUGGAAUUUUAUUUCAUGACUAAAAUAUUUGGGGGUUUUCUUGCUGAGAAACUGAACUUUUCUGUGGAGAUAAUCCACAAAUAUGAGUGGUUCCUUUGUAACUUUGUAUUUAAAACCAUGUUAUUAUCUUUUGAUAUUUUUAAAAAACCUUGGGUACUUAACAGUUUAGUUACCAAAUCCAAACUACAAGAAGGAUUUACAAGUGUUAUUUUGAAACAUGAAGAAAGCAUUAUUAUAUUCAGAAACAUUUUUUAUCCUAAAAAUUCAUAUAUUUUUUACCUUCUAUAUUUUCCAAAUCAGACUUUGACUCAUUAAGGUACGGAAACGAAUCAGUUAAGGGAAAGCUGUGAAUGAAGGCACAUCAUUUUAAAAUGGAAGAGAACAAUCAGAUUCACUGUUGUUUUUUUUCUCAGUAUUAUUCAUAAACCUAAAUGAGUUUGAUUUUAUUGGUUGAAAAUGAAGUGAAAUUGUGCAGGUUGGGUUUAAGCACUUUUUCUUGGUUAAAAACAAUAAACCUGAGUUAGACUACGUGUGCUGCUUUACAGAUGAAACGCUAACACGAGCAGGGGACGUUGUUCCGAAGGAGUUUUGGAAGAGGUCAGGUGUAAGAGUAUGUAGGUGCCUGGGACACGAGUACGUGUAGUGUCCGUGCAGGAUGGCAAAUGCAAGAUGCCUUUGUUUUUACAAAAACGCAGUAUUAUCUAUCCUCAGACUGCAGUGAUGGGAUGGAGAGGGGGAGCCUGGGAGUGUGGGGCUGACCCCCCAGAGAUGGGAAUCCCCAGGCAACUCCAGGCCUGUCAGUGUCAGAGAUCACUUGGGUUCCCUUGGAGUUCUUCCACCCCAACCUCUAUUCUUUUUUAACAAAUACAAUCAAGUUAAUAUUAUCAUGGAAAGGAGCCUUCAAGAAGCUUCCUUUUCUUUUGGUUGAAAGAAGAGUUAGUAAUAGUUUUACGUCAUCUCCCAAGACCACAGCCCAAACUUGUGGGACUAGCAGAGGUCACUUGGUGUUCAAGAGGUCCUUGAGAUUUAGCUUCCCUACCCCCUGACUUCACCCCUGAGGACAAUUUUAGCCUCUUAGUUACCCCUCCCCCACCGCAGUGGGCAGAACAAGGCUGACUAGGGGGAGAGUGUCACCCUUGGCCCAGGCGAGGGUGGCCUGGUCACAGUGGGAGUUGAGUAGGUAAGGACUCAUUGGUACGUUCAGCCGAGGAGCCGUCCCUUUCUUCCUUUUUCUGAGGCUGCUUCUCCAAAAUACAGUUUCCAAAUUGUUCAAUCUAGGGCUAUUUCCCCAAAAUUCAAUAUCCUAGGGGUGUUUCCAGUCCCAGUGUUAACUCCUAAAGCAGUUUAACUCACUAUUGUGACCACUGAGUAUGUAUUAUCAGCUGUGGGACAGGUUUCCUUCAUACAGCGUGGAUCUGCCUAACUCUGAGUGACCCAGAAAGCAACCAUGUACGAGGAAAAUUCCGAAGAUGUUAGUGGAAAGGAAUAUUGGAAGUGAGCACAUUUGUCACGUAGGAACAAAAUAUUAAUUUUAAAUCUGACAUUGUUUUUGAGAGUCCUGUUUAAAGAGCAGUAGACCUAAGGGUAAAUAUUCAGAAAGAGCUCUGCAGAAGAAUGGAUGAAACCUUUUUUUAUGGUGAUAUUUCCCACCUCCACACCAUGUAAAAGACAGGAGUGUUUCUGAUGAUGUUUUUUCUUCCAUGGUAGGUUUUUAAAAAAUGCUUUUCUGUCAGGUUGAAAUAUUUUAAAGUGUCUCACUGAUAAGAACAUAACGUAAGUCAAAAUCAGAAGAGUAAUAUAUGGUAUGUUUGUGUUCCUGUUGUCAUAAUUUGAGAAUAAGAAAGUAUGAGGGCCGAAUUGCAGUUUGAAUGUCACGCUUACGAUGUUGCAUGUUUGACAUAGCUUCUAAGACCAUGUAACCUUUUGUCCCUUUUGAAUUUUUAAAUUUUUCAUUAUAGCUAGUGAAUAUGAAAGUAUUUCUGAAUAAAAAUAAAUCUCAAUUAUAGACUCUGAUACAAUGUGAUUUUCAAGAGCGAACUCGAAAACAUUGAGGUUUCAUAGCUUACCCCUUCUGAACUGAGGGUGUUAUUGUCUGCCAAAAUUAGGCACUGCUUCAGUAUCUUCGUGUCUUUUAGUGCCUUGAUAUUGUUAAUUUCAAAUCAAAAUUACCAAAAUGUACAUUUCUACAAAAGUAGGUUACAAAUGAGGGCUUCUCCGUGGUCCGUUUUGGCACCUCUGGCAUCACUUUUCCUGGUUAGUUAGAAUAUCACUUGGAAUGUUCAUUGCAGUCAUUAUCAUUACUUUUUUCUGGAACAUCUACUGUGAAGCAUUUGGAAAGCCCUAGGAUUUUGCCUUUUAAACCUUUUGGCAGGAUUAAAACAGAAGCUAUACCUGUGCUUCCUUAGAAUCUUCCAGAAGAAGCAAGGUCUGGGCAGAAACACGGAGGAUGGUGUCGGGUUGUAGGACGGAGUGACGACGGCAUGGCCAAGCUUUCAUCAUUGGGAGAAAAGUCAUUUCAAAUGGGUUCAUGUGUUAAUGUUUGUAAUUUUAAGAAAAUUUAAAUAUAUAUGUUAUAUAUAAAACUUUACACGUAUUAAAAUCUAAAGCUGGAGGUCAGCUGCAAUGUAAACGCAGAUUUAAUGGAGAUUUGCAUGAACAGAUGGAAAUAAGACAGCAUUUACUGUAAAUCAUUUUAAAAAUCAGACUAGAAGGUGUUUUUCAAAAGGAACUCUGGUUAUAAAUUUAGGAGAUUUGCUUCCAUCAAGAUUUCAUGUGGAACAAGCUAAUACGAUCUCUUCCCAGUUUAAAGUUUAUUUUAAAAAAAUCCAAAUUGGAGUGGGCUCUUUUUUGAGCUGAGGAGUACAUUUCGAAAAUAGAGGAAAUGGUACAUUAGGAAUUUGCCUGGGAAAAUAAAUGUUUCUCAAAAGAACACGAGUUUUUCAAAUUCCUAGAGGUAAGGGUUCUAUUUACCCUUGUGUCUACAAUUGGCAAAAAAUGAGGAAAGAUCAGAAAGUCCGGUUGUUUAAAGUUGGUGUGUGUUUGGGGAGGGUGGGUGGAGAGAGAAUUUUAGAGAACUUGCGAAGUGGUCCUUGGAUUAAGGUGGCGUCAUUUUCUGUACAUCACUACAGGCAGUUCCCAAAUAAAGACUAUGCCCUCGAAGUUCAGAUGUAUGUUGAGUUAUUGAGAUGUAGUAAUCUUUCCCCUUAUGAACAAUACUUGAAGUGAGUGUUAACUCUCUUGGUUUGUCCUCAAGAGAAUUUUAACUACAGCGGCUCUGAAUGGGAAGCAGUGGUACAGAGUCCCGUGACCACAGUCAGUACUCCAAGAAAAAUAUACAGCAGUUUCCCCCUGCUGCUCCCUGGUGGUGAAAACAGAGAAGGGGUUCUCUGUGUCUGCUUGGUAGUGGGACUGAGCCUCACCUCAGCAAGCAAUCGAAGGCAGCAUGAUCAGUGACUCAUGAGGGACCUACGAUAUUCAUACGUGAAUAUCCCAUUGUUUGUUCAGAACCUUGAGUGGCGCAUGAAGGGUAAGGAACAGAAUGGGACAUAUGAUGAGUGGAGCAGGGAUGCCACCAGGUAACUGGCUGUGAGGUGGGGCAGGGGUGAAGGCGGAUAAAUUGGCAAUACAGGCCCUAGCUUUCCUGUUUCCACUCACAUAUUCUUUGGAUUGUCACUAGCAUGAAAUGGGAAGUGGAGGUGGGCCAAGGAGGAAGCUUACGGUACAGCACCCAGCUGAGGAAGCAGCAGUUCCAAGGCAGUAUUCCCAUGUAAAGGGCAUCUCCAGGUCACGUGUAUGUAAAUUAGGGUCUGGCUGCACAUCUUAUUUCCAAAGAUGCUUAAGUCACCUCAAUAUAUUUGAGAAAUUAAAAUACUUAGUUUUCAAAAAGUAGAGUAAAUCUAAACUGUCUCCAAUAUGUUGAUGGGUUAGGAAAGAGUAACCAUACAUAUAUACACUAAUUUUAAAUUAUAUUUUUAUAUUAUAAAUAAGUACAAAUGAAUGAUAAAAAAGGAAUAAUUGUGUUUGAACUGACUGUAGAACAGUAUGGCUGACAUGCGAUUCCAAGUUUUUGACAAUUACUUAUUAGUUAGGUAAAUUUUGUGAUCAUUAUCCCUUAAUUUCUGUUAAAUGACUUUGUGGUGUGCCAGACAAAAGGCCCAUUUGAAAUCUCUAAGACCCAUUGGCUCUGAAUCUGUGAUGUGGUUGUACCCACCCUGGCUAUAGCUGUGCACGAUCCCAGUGCAAUAAAUUUGCAAUUUUAACUGGACUGGUAGGUAGUUUUUAAACUGUGUAAAAAGACCAGAACUUUAUUUCAAUUGUCACUAUUGACAUUUUAAGUGUGAAUGUGUAUUUUAAAUUCACACUGUAAAAGCUUGGAGAAAAAAAUCUACAGUACUCACCUUUACGAACAGGUCUAUACCACCAGAGAAAUUCAGAGGGUUGGAUUACCUGAGUUAGUCCUAACAUGAGUCUGUCAGUGUUCAAUUUUUUGGGUAGGUUGUUGAUGAAACUAAUACAGAGUUAAUGAUAACUGGCUUUCCAUUUCUAUCUGCUCAUGUAUCAGCUGAGAAAAAGUGAACCAAGUAAGUGGGGAAUGUAUGCUCAGUCACUCAUUUUUCCUAAGAGUGCAAAUAUUGCAGGUCAAACUGCUGUCAUAAAUGCUAAGAAACUGUCCAGAUUUUUUAUCCUAGAAGUUUAUUAGAAAUCACUUAAAUUAUUGGACCAUUGAAUGAGACAGAUUUGGGUGACUUAUUUUAUAGUAAUAAUUAUUGAAACAUAGUAAUUUAAUCUUAUAGUUAAGUCUCCUGAAAGGGUCUAAUGGUUUUGUAGUUUUACUGGAGUAAUACAGGUUCAAUAAUGGUUCAGUCCAACAAAUAGCCUAAAAAAAGUGAAUGUUCUCCAGAGGAGAAAAACUUACUUCCAGACCAAGAUGAAAAAUAAUACAAAACUCUUAAGCCCACAUGAGUUAAACAAAAAGGUAAAAG